AUGGAAAGAUUGAAUGGUAUUGUAAAACAAGUCAUAUCUGCAGAUACCUAUAUUUUAAUAGGAGCCAAAAAAGGUGGUAUCGCUCAAGAAAGACAGAUAAGUUUAGCAUGUAUACAAACUCCCAAAUUGUUUAUGAAAAGUCAGAAUGCAGAAAAAAAUGAAGAACCGUUUGCAUGGGAGAGUAGGGAAUUUAUCAGAAAAAUGAUAAUUGGAAAGAACGUUAGUUUUGUUGUUGAAUAUUCAUAUAAUAAUAGAACAUAUUGUAGCGUUUUUUUUGAAGAACAAAAUUUAUCAAUUUUGUUAUUAGAAAGAGGUUAUGCAAAUCUUGUAUUGAAUAAAAAUGUUAAAACAAAUGUUUAUGCUGACUUAGAAAAUUAUUAUAAGGAAGCAAAAGAAAAAAAAGUUGGUAUUUUUGGAAAUAACAUUAAUUACUAUGUGAGAAAUAUCAUCUACUCUUAUAAUGAUAAAAAUGAAAACAAAAAAAUAUAUGAUUUAUUUGUAAACAAAAAAAUGAAAUGUGUAGUAGAACAUAUUAGAGAUGGGUCUAAUUUUCGUGUAUAUGCAGAAUAUAACAAAAAUGAAAAAGAAGAAAAAAAAGAAAAGGAAAGUACAGAAAAAAAUUCAGAGAAAAAAAAAAAAAAUAAUAAUAAAAAAAAAAAAGAUGAAGAAAAUGAAGAACUUACUAAAAAAGAUGAAAAAUACUUAACUAUGUAUUAUUUUUCUUUUUCUCUAUGUGGCAUUAUUGUUGAUAUGUUUAAAAAGGAAAUAGUAAAUAAUGUUGAAACAGUAAAAGAAGAAUUAUAUGCAAUGGAAACAAAAAAGUUCGUUGAGGCUAGAUUAUUAAAUAGAGAUAUUGAAAUUGAAAUUAAGCAUAUAGAUAACAAUUGUAAUUUGUAUGCAAACGUUAAUUAUAAGUUAGGAAAUAUUUGUGUUUUAUUAUUAAGAAGUGGAUAUGCAUACAUUAAUGAGUAUACAGUGAAAUAUGUUGAUAAUCCUAUUGAAUAUAAGAAGGCGUUAGAUGAAGCUAUACAACUAAGGAAGAAAAAAUGGAUUAAUUACACUGAAAAAGAAAUUGAUUAUGAAAAAGAAUAUUUUUGUACAGUUAUAGAAGUUUUAUAUGGUGAUGUUAUUAUUGUUGAUUAUAAAAAUGAAGAAAGAAGAUUGUAUUUGGCUUCUAUUAAGUGUGAAAAGCAUAGUACAGAUUUAAAAUUGAAUACAUUAUGCAUAUUAGCAAAAGAUUACUUAAAAAAUCAAAUUGCUGGAGAGAAAAUUAAAAUUGUAACAGAAUAUGUGAAAACUCCACAGAGUAACAGUGAUGGUUACAUACCUCAAUGUUCAGAUGAUAAAGGAAGAAUGCAUUUUGUUAGUGUUUAUAAAAUGGAGAAAAAAAAAAAUGAAGAGAAGUCAUCGAGUAAAACAAAUUCUCCUAACAAGUGGGAUGAAAAAAAAGGUAAAAAAAAGUCCAAUAAUAAAAAUAAAGCAAAACUUAUUAAUAAUGAAAAAGAAGAAAAUAAAGGCGCUUUUGAAGAACAAGUCGUACUUAAUGGAAAUGCAGAAUAUAUUAAUUUAAAUGAACAAUUGGUUACAAAAGGAUUAGCAAGAGUCAUUAAUCAUAGGCAAGAUGAUGAAAAAGCCAGUAACUAUUUUCAUUUACAAGAACUAGAAAAAGAUGCAGAAGAAAAAAAACUUGGAAGAUUUAAUCCUCAUUUGGAAAUAAUUAAAAUUAAUAAUAUAAGUGGAAAUGAAAAUGCACUAAGAGCUAGAUCUUUUGAAAAUGUUUUAAAUAAAUAUAAUAAUUUAAAUGCUUGUGUUGAUUUUAUAUAUGGAGCAAAUAAAUUUAAGCUUUAUAUUCCUUCUCAAAAUUUAUUAAUAAAUUUUAUAUUACUUGGUAUUACUGUACAAAAAAUAAAUUUAAAAGACUUGAAUAGUACUGAAGUGAAACAUAAAAAAUUGAAUGAAGAAUAUUUAAAUGGAGAAAUAAAAUCAAGUAAAAAAGAGAAAAGUGAAUAUAAAGAAAUAGCAGUCCAAGCCUAUAAAUAUACUAGAAAAAAGUUGAUGCAAAGAAAUGUUCAAAUAACUAUAGUUACAUGUGACAAAGGAGGAAAUUUUAUAGGAAUAUUGAAACAUCAAAAUAAAGAUUUUUCAAUUCACUUACUUUCAUUAGGAUAUGGUAUGUUAAAUGAAAUAGGAUUAAAUAAUACAAACGAGAGAAAUAAUUAUAUUAAAGCAGCAGAAGAAGCUAAAAAGCAGAAAAAAAAUAUUUGGGCUAUUGAAAAGGCAGACUAUAUUGACGGUAUGCUAAAAGUAGAAAAUGAUUUGUCAUCGUUGGAUAAUAUUUAUUACUGCUCAUAUUUAGAUGAUAUUAAUAACAUUUCUAUUCAAUUAAAAAAUAAACAAGAAGAGUUAAAAAAAUUACAAGAAGAAUUAAAUAAAAGUAGUAAUUUAGAAUUAUCUGCUCUAACCGAAGUAAAUAAAAAUUCUCUAGUUUUAGCAAAAUAUAUUGACAAUUAUUAUUAUAGAGCUGUUGUUUUACAAGUAAAUAAAAAUAAAAAAAAAGCAUUAGUUAAAUAUAUCGAUUUUGGUAAUGAAGAAGAAUUAGAUUUUAAUGAUUUGAAAAAAUUAAAUGAAAAAUUUAAUUUAAAAAAUUAUUCUCCAUACGCAAUUAAAGCAGCAUUAGCUGGAUUAAAAAUACCAAAUGAAAACAAAAAUGAUUUAAUAAGUUACAUAAAGAAAUUUUUGCUUGAUAAAUUUUUAUAUGUCAAAUUUGAGAAAAAGGAAUCAAAUUUAUUUCACGUUGUUUUUUAUGAUUAUGAACAAUUUAACACAAACAAAAAUGUCAAAAGUGUAAACGAGGAAAUUAUUUUUAAUGGUAUUUGUUAUGUUGACAAUUCUAGUAAUACAAAAAUAUUUGAAAAAUUAAAAAAAGAAGAAGUACUUGCAAAAAAAAGUAAACUUUUUAUUUGGUCAUAUGGAGAUAUAGAUUAUGAUGAUGAAAAAUAA